UUGUUUCCAAUUCGAAAUUAAAAUUUGGCUGCACGUUGUCCAUCUAGUGGCCGAUCUCAAGGUGAAUUUGGGUAAUUUAUUUACCGAUUGGCAAAAAAUUUUCGAAGAUGUUUUCUAGAGCUGUAGUUCUGCAAAAAGGCAUUCCUAAUGCUGUUGCAGUUCGCUGUUUAGGACCAACCUUUUUUCAAAGAUCGGAAACUACAGCACCUGCACCUGCAACCACCAGGACCCAGGAUCUUAUUGCUCAUAAAGAAAAAAUACAAGCUUUAUUGAAACAAGAAUUACCUAAACCUUAUGAUGGGCCUGAACGAGACUUAGUUAACUUCCCUCGUCGUGUAAGACCUGAAUAUCCAGGAAAAGUUCGAAUGGGAUUUUUGCCAGAUGAAUGGUUUACGUUUUUCUACAAGAAAACUGGAGUUACUGGUCCAUAUGUCUUUGGAGCAGGAUUGUUGACAUUCUUGUUAUCAAAGGAGUUAUAUGUGAUUGAGCAUGAAUUUUCCACAGGAGUUGCCAUAUUUUUGCUUGCCUACACUGCUGUGAAGAAGCUAGGACCAUCUGCAAGGAAAUGGCUGGAUGAUGAUUUUGCAAAAAAUGUUGCAGACAUGGAGAACCAAAGGAAAGAAAGUAUUCAAAAUCUUGAAGGUGCUAUAGAAAGUGAAAAGAAAAAUGUUUGGUAUGCUGAAGGUCAAAAAAUCCUCAUGAAUGCUAAACGUGAAAAUGUACAAAUGCAGCUUGAGAUAGAAUAUCGAAGACGUUUUAUGCAUGUUUAUGAGCAAGUCAAAAAGCGUUUGGACUACCAAUUGGAUCUUGUUAACACAAAAAGAAAAUUGGAACAAAAACACAUGGUUGAUUGGAUUGUGAAUAAUGUAGUUAAAAGCAUUACUCCUCAACAGGAAAAAGAAGCUUUACAGAAAUGCAUAGAAGAUCUAAAGGUUUUAUCAGCAAAGGCACAUUGAAAUACUGUAUAGUUUAAAACAUUGUUUCUAAUUUCUGACAAUUUGAAAUUUAGUAAGAAAUAAUCUAUCUCAGAUGAUGAUUAAAAAUUUACUCUACUGAAA